GAAAACAGAUGUCAGAAUAAAAGCUCGCGUUUAAUUUUGAAGGACGGAACUUCCUGCUCUGUGUGUUCAUGCGUCUGAUUGCGUCCCUGGAAACAGCAGCAGAGUGAGCCCUCCUCCUCUCCGUGUCUCCGCCCUGCUCGGUGUCCUCAGGUGGUUGCAGCAGCAGGACGGAGGAAUGUGACGGUGUCCGCGUGCUCCACUUCACCUCUGCAGAACUCACCAUGAGAAGAACCGCUCAGAACUUCCCGGGAGUUUGAGACACAUGUGGUCUAACACUGGAGCUCUGAGCAGGAGUGAGGAGCUCACAGGACACGAUCUUUGAUCUUUGGAUCCGCCCAGGUGUGUCUGCUGUACCUGUCGCUGCUUUCUGCUGCACAUUGUUUCAGCUCCUCGUGCUUUCAGACAGUGUGUGUAGUUUAGAGCUCACAAUGCCGGAGCUCAUCAGUGUGACGGAGUUCAUUGUGGAGACUAAUGAGGACUACAAGGCUCCGACCACCUCCAGCUUUAGUACCCGGAUGUCCCACUGCAGGAGUACAGUGGCAGCCCUGGAAGAGGCUCUGGACGUGGACAGGUCCGUUCUGCACAAGAUCAAGAAGUCGGUGAAGUCCAUCAACACGUCCGGUCUGGCUCACGUGGACAACGAGGAGCAGUAUGUCCAGUCCGUGGACAAGUUCGGGGACAACUGUGUCAGCAGGGAGGACGCCGAGGUCGGCUCGGCCUUCCUCAAGUUCGCCGUUUUCACCAAAGAGCUGACGGCACUGUUCAAAAACCUGCUGCAGAACAUGAACAACAUCAUCACCUUCCCCCUGGACAGCCUGCUGAAGGGAGACCUGAAGGGAGUGAAAGGGGAUCUGAAGAAGCCGUUCGAUAAAUCCUGGAAGGAUUAUGAGACCAAACUAGUGAAGCUGGAGAAGGAGAAGAGGGAGCACGCCAAGCAGCACGGGAUGAUCCGCACCGAGUUCAGCGGAGGAGAGAUCGCCGAGGAGAUGGAGAAGGAGAGACGAAUCUUCCAGCUGCAGAUGUGCGAGUAUCUCCUCAAAGUCAACGAGAUCAAAGUGAAGAAAGGCGUCGACUUCCUGCAGAACCUCAUCAAGUUUUUCCACGCUCAGUGCAAUUUUUUCCAGGACGGACUGAAAGCUGUGGAGAGUCUGAAACCCUCCGUCGAGAAGCUGGCAACAAACCUGACGACGCGAGGCAACUGUUCCCGCCUCCGUAUUUAUACCUCAUUCAAAGGACAGGAAGUCCUGAAGAGCUUCCAGGUCAGUCUUCCUUUGUUCACCGAAGAUGGGGGUUUACUGCUGAGUUUAUUGCAGAGAUCAAAGGUCUGCACUCUGCCCCCACAAACCAACAGUCCAGAGUCUUUGUCUUUGUAG